AUGCCUCCCGUCUCACAAGCGGCCGUCUCAGCUGCGCGACAAUGGACGAAACACAGUCUGUCUACCUCGUCCAAUGUCUCCCGCAUCACAGCAAGCUCUCUCCUCACCUCUACACCCGAGUCGCAGAAAAGAUUAGCUACACAACAAACCAGCACUGCUAGCGCACAAGGAGGUGCCAGCUUUGACUCUCCUUUCAGAGGCCAGAAAUCCGCAACAGACUUCAACAAGGUCCCAAGUUUCAAGGCAUACAUGAGCAGGGGCAGUGAGCCCUCGACAAGAGUCUUUCAGUAUUUCAUGGUCGGUUCGAUGGGUCUAUUGGCUGCUGCUGGCGCAAAGGCUACUGUACAAGACUUCCUGGUCAACAUGUCCGCAUCCGCUGACGUCCUCGCCAUGGCCAAGGUCGAGGUCGAUCUUUCAGCUAUUCCAGAAGGAAAGAACGUCAUUAUUAAGUGGCGAGGCAAGCCAGUCUUCAUCCGACACAGAACAGAAGGAGAAAUCAAAGAGGCGGAAUCGGUCAAAGUCGAAUCCCUUCGAGAUCCCCAACAAGAUUCCGAGCGAGUCAAGAAGCCAGAAUGGCUCAUCAUGUUGGGCGUCUGCACUCAUCUUGGUUGUGUCCCAAUUGGUGAAGCAGGCGAUUAUGGUGGUUGGUUCUGCCCAUGCCACGGUUCGCACUACGAUAUUUCUGGCCGUGUACGUAGGGGUCCUGCUCCUCUGAAUCUGGAAGUACCAGAAUACGAGUUUCCUGAGGAUGGUAAGUUGGUUAUUGGUUAG